AUGUCGGCGACACAGCAACUACAUACGUCGCUACUGCGUGCGCCCAUACUACACAUUCUGCGCGCCCAGGGCUUCCACUCGACCCGACCAUCCGUUCUGGACACUCUUGUCGACAUCACCGAGCGCUACCUCAUUCUACUUGCCGUAACCACCAGAGAUCAUGCUGUACUCAACCACAACGAUCCCAUCCCGACUAUAACCGAUGUACGUCUGGCUCUGACCGAAUGCGGAACCCUCACUCCCGUCCUCACAGCUGCCGAACAAGACUGGCUAGAAAAGUUCAGACGACCCUUAGAGGACUUCGAUCAUCUCAAACACGGCGACAUCAGAAGAGAAGGAGAGUUACGCCGACGCGACGAACAAGAUACUCAAGAUGUUCGCGACUUCAUAAAAUGGAUUGUUGGCGACCAGAACCGUGAGAUCCGUCGCAUCGCUGGUGUCUUGCCCGAGUCUGGCCCUGGAGGCACCGUAAACGGCGAGGACUAUUUGACGGUCCUGAAGAAGAAGCACAGCAAGACGGGAGAGGAGUCACGGUUCCAAGGCACCGUGCUGGGAAAGCCAGCCGAGGACAGGCCUAUCAAGAUCGAAGGUGGCCCGGUCGAGACUCUGACCGAGUGGAAUAACCUCAUGCACGAUCACUCUGAACACCAAUUACCGACCACAAGAGAUGCCGCCGAAAGCCCACACGAAGCCGAAAUCGACGAACAGCAGUUGUUGAUGGACGUAUCUUGA